AAAAAGUUCAACGUUGAAGCGGCGACGUGUGUCUCGCGCUGAGACAACAACGCGAUCGAUUGAACGUCUUGUUAUCGAUUAUUAUCGACGUGCGUGAGAAUUAUAACCGAACGAAUACGCGCCGUCCUUCCGUUAACGGCUCAACGUGGAAGAAAAAAACCCGCGAAGAAGACAAAACAACCGGAAUGAGUGACGUCAUGUCAGCCACACGCUAGCUAAACCGUUAGGUAUCUUCGGAAAACCCUUAAAUUCGCGUUAAAUUGAUUAUUUCCCCUUCUAAAUAACUAGUUCCUGGAUUAACUUCUACUUUAAAUGGAUGAGCACAAGGAGAACAUUCACACCGAGGACGUCAACUUGAAGAUGUCGAACACGAGAGAAGACGAGAAGGUGACGCCGUGCAGCCGGGUCUGCUCCGAGGAGGACUCUGCUCCUCCGGCGUCUCCGUCCAACGGCGACUUCAGCCACCCGGUGUACAAGGAGAUCUCCAUGGCCAACGGACACAUCAACCGCAUGACCAAGGACGAGCUCCGGAUCAAGCUGGCCGGGCUGCAGCUCGACACGCGGGGCGUGAAGGACGUGAUGAAGAAGAGGCUGAAGAGCCACUACAAGAAGCAGAAGCUGCUGCUGUCCGCCGCCGAGGACGGGCCCACGGGCGCCUUCUACGACUACAUCUGCGUGGUGGACUUCGAGGCGACGUGCGAAGAGGACAACCCGGCCGACUUCCAUCACGAAAUCAUCGAGUUCCCGAUGGUUCUCAUCAACACGCACACGCUGGAAAUCGUGGACUCCUUUCAGGAAUACGUGAAGCCGGAGGUGAACCCACAGCUGUCGGACUUCUGCGUGAAGCUAACGGGGAUCACGCAGAAGAUGGUGGACGAGGCGGACGCGUUUCCAGAAGUCCUCCAGCGGGUCGUCACGUGGCUCCGGGACCGGGAGCUCGGCACCAAGUACAAAUACGCCCUCCUCACCGACGGGGCCUGGGACAUGAGCAAGUUCCUCCACAUCCAGUGCCGACUCAGCCGGAUCCGAUACCCGCACUUUGCCAAGAAGUGGAUCAACAUCAGGAAAUCCUACGGGAACUUCUACAAGGUUCCGCGCACACAGACCAAGCUGAGCACCAUGCUGGAGAAGUUGGGUCUGCAGUACGAGGGCCGCCCUCACUCCGGCCUCGACGACUCGCGCAACAUCGCCCGCAUCGCCCUGCGCAUGCUGCAGGACGGCUGCCAGCUGCUCGCCAACGAGCGCAUGCACGCCGGCCAGCUGCUCUCCGUCCCUAGCUCCGCCCCCCUGGAGGGAGCGCCCGCCCCGCACAACCCCCGCAGCAGAGACUAGACCCAGCCGUACAGGACUAGACCAGGAACCAAGUGUAGACCCUCAGAACUAGACCAGUAACCAAGUGUAGACCCUCAGGACUAGACCCCGGAACCAAGUGUAGACCCUCAGGACUAGACCCCGGAACCAAGUGUAGACCCUCAGGACUAGACCAGGAACCAGGUGUAGACCCUCAGGACUCCAGACCCCGGAACCAAGUGUAGACCCUCAGGACUAGACCAGGAACCAAGUGUAGACCCUCAGGACUAGACCAGGAACCAAGUGUAGACCCUCAGGACUAGACCAGGAACCAAGUGUAGACCCUCAGGACUAGACCAGGAACCAAGUGUAGACCCUCAGGACUAGACCAGGAACCAAGUGUAGACCCUCAGGACUAGACCAGGAACCAAGUGUAGACCCUCAGGACUCUAGACCCCGGAACCAAGUGUAGACCCUCAGGACUAGACCCAAUAAUCUGAGUCGAGUCUUAAGGACUAGACUCGGGAACCGAGGCCAGUCCUACAGGUGUGAGUUGGAUAAAAUAAAUAAAUCCAGAGCACUUUUCCAGUCGUCAUGUUUUGGAGCUCAGUCGCUGGACUUCAUGACGGUUUUAAAUGAGGUCAAACUGUUGAUUUAAGUUUCUCCCGUGAGGUUUCCUCUCUGGCUCCAUAUGUUCUUACGCCAGUGCGUUGUGGGAGGAUUUCUUUCUCCUAUUUCAUUUUCUUUUAAACCUCCUACGUCCUUUUUGCUUUCUAAACCAGAACAGAGUUGUCCCGCGAUGAUGUGAAGUUGUUUUUAUUUCAGGUUUUGCCUCUGGAAAUACAACUCGUUGAACACGGACUCGUUGUGGUUCUGGUUGCAGUCGGUCUCUCCGGUCAGUUUUAAGCCCUUAAACCCACAUCGGUCUCACGUGGCGCUGAUGCUGAACUCUGUGUCAUCGCCUCACGUACGAGGUCGGCCGGUUGUGGGAUCAUCUUUUGUAAUAUUGAGAUAAUUAUUUCAUGGAGGAUGCUCUAUUUUAACGAGGAACAAAUUAUUCUUCUGAAUGCCAAAUAUGUCAAAUAAAAAUGUUUCUUGUGAAUCAU